CAAAAUCAUUCACAACACUCUUCUCUUCAAAAUCAUAUCUUUUUUCUUUUCUACUUCAAUGGCAUCUUCUUCCCAUUAUCAUUACCACCAUGCUAAUGAUGAUGAUGAUGAGAUUGAUAUUGAUACCCCAUUACAAGAUUUUUUCGAAACCCAUGCCACAAUUCUAGAACCAAAAGAGAGAAGAAAACGUACUUUUAUAGAAAGACACCGGGAACAAGGCGACAAGAAGCUUUGGAAUGAUUAUUUUAGCGAGAAUCCAACAUACGGUUCUAGAUUAUUUCGGCGACGGUUUCGAAUGAACAAACCAUUGUUCAUGCGUAUUGUGCAUCAUCUUUCAACCGAAGUACCAUAUUUUCAAGCAACACAUGAUGCAGCCGGGCGAUCCGGUUUAUCUCCCCUCCAAAAAUGUACAGCAGCAAUUCGUCAAUUGGCUUACGGUGGUGCGGCUGAUACAGUUGACGAAUAUGUCCGACUUGGCGAGACAACUGCUAGAAAAUGUUUGCACCAGUUUUGUGCGGGAAUAAUCCACUUGUUUGGCGAUCAAUAUCUAAGACGUUCCACACCGGAGGAUCUUCGAAGACUACUCCAUGCUGGAGAAGAACGUGGCUUCCCAGGGAUGAUUGGAAGCAUCGACUGUAUGCAUUGGGAGUGGAAGAAUUGCCCCUCCUCUUGGAAAGGUAUGUAUUCACGAGGAACCAAUAAACCAACCAUUGUGUUGGAGGCCGUUGCUUCAUAUGACCUCUGGAUAUGGCACGCGUUUUUUGGAGCCCCAGGUACUUUGAACGACAUUAAUAUUCUAGAUAGAUCACCUGUUUUUGAUGACAUUAUUGACGGAAUAGCUCCGCAAGUCAAUUAAUUUCUCUGUCAACGGAAGGGAGUAUCAUCUAGCUUACUAUCUAACGGAUGGUAUUUAUCCGAAAUGGGCAACUUUUAUUCAAUCUAUCCGACUACCACAGGGUCCGAAAAAUUCAUUAUUUGCUAAAACCCAAGAAUCAGUGCGAAAAGAUGUUGAGCGUGCCUUUGGAGUCCUCCAAGCUAGAUUCGCCGUUGUUAAAAAUCCAUCUAAUUUAUGGGAUAAAACAAAAAUAGGAAAUAUUAUGAAAGCAUGUAUCAUACUCCAUAAUAUGAUUGUCGAAGAUGAACGAGGAUCAUACACUCUCCGAAACAUUUCAGAAUUUAAUGAAGGAGAAGGGGAAGGAGAAGGUGUGGUGCGUUCAUAUUCCGUCGGUUCAGGUUCAAAUCUCGUCAAUGCGGUUGAUCUCGGCAAUGCAAUUGAUCCUCAGCAACAAAUUCUGGAUAACCAAGUUCAUCAACGCUUAAAAGAUGAUUUGAUCGAAUUUAUAUGGAAUAAAUUUGGAGAUCUUUGAAAUAACAUGUAAUUUUUUUUUAAAGUUUGUAAUUUUCAAUUAUAAUGCUAAGUUUCUUAUU